UCCGGGCCGGCCCCGCCUCUUCCCGGCGCCACCGGACCCGCCCGUUCCGGCACCGGCACCAUGGGGGUCACCUGCGUGUCGCAGGUGCCGGUGGCCGAGGGCAAGAGCGUGCAGCAGACGGUGGAGCUGCUGGCGCGGCGGCUGGAGGCGCUGGGCGCGGACAAGCAGGGCACGUUCGGCGUGGACUGCGAGACCUACCACACCGCGGCCACCCUCGGCACGCAGGGGCAGACGGGGAAGCUGAUGUACGUCAUGCACAACUCCGAGUACCCCCUGAGCUGCUUCGCCCUCUUCGAGAACGGGCCCUGCCUCGUGGCUGAUGCCAACUUUGACACCCUCAUGGUCAAGCUCAAGGGCUUCUUCCAGAACGCCAAGGCCAACAAGAUCGAGAGCCGCGGCACCCGCUACCAGUACUGCGACUUCCUGGUGAAGCUGGGCACCGUCACCAUGGGCCCCAGCGCCAGGGGCAUCUCCGUGGAGGUGGAGUACUGCCCCUGUGUGAUCCCCAACGACUGCUGGAACCUGCUGAUGGAGUUCAUGCAGAGCUUCAUGGGCAGCCACACGCCCGGGAUCCCGUCGGUGUUCGGCUCCAAGCACGACAGCACCUACAGCCCCGGGGACACCAUGGUGCAGUACAUGGAGCUCUUCAACAAGAUCCGCAAGCAGCAGCAGGUGCCCGUGGCUGGCAUCAGGUGAAAAAAUUCCUGCAGCUCCUGCACUCCAAAGUGUGCCACAGGCAGCACCAGGAUUGGUUUUUUCAUCUCUCCUGAUUUUUCCCAGUUUUUCGGAGUUUUCCGCUGUCGCGAGAGUCGUGCGCGGUUUGGGAUUAUUGGUUUUUGGGAUUAUUGGAUCCAUGGUUUCGUGGUUUUAUGGACAGGGAAAAAAAAUUCCAGCAGAGCUGCUGUGGUUACAAACAGCUACAGAAGAAAUCGCCUGAAUUUCUAUUUUUUGUCUUUUUUUUUUUUUCAAAUUUUUUCCUAUUUUUUCUAUUUUGGUGUUUUGCUGUAUUCCAUCCCAAUAAAAUGCUGGAUUUUGGGAGGAGUUGUCCUUCACAGUGAGGGUUGUGCUGGUUUGUGUUGCUACAAGUGUUUUAUGCCCCCAAAGAAAACAUUUCCCUGGGGAAAAAAAAUCCAGGAAUUCUCACAUUUUCCUGUUCUUACCUUGCCUUCAUCUUCUGUAGCUGAUGGGAAUGUCAAAAUCUGCUGCCUCUCACUGAAGGCUCUGGAUAAAUUAAAAAAUAAAAGAAAUAAGCCUGGCAGGACUUAGAGAGAAUUCCAGCUGCUUUACCCCAUUGUUUUUAAGGUAGGUAAUAAAUAUCCUGUCCCUGCAUACCAUUUGAGGAAUCCUGAUGGCUCCAGAUUCAAUGGAAUGAGGAAGGAUUUGGGCAACAAGAGCCAAAAAUUCAUUGUAAGACAUAGUAUCACUUAAAUAUAUUUUUUCCUUCAUAUUUCUGGGAAGACACCAGCAUUCCAGAAAAAAUAUUGUUGGUUCCUUGCCCAUACAAGCCUGAAGAGCAAAGAAAAUAAUUUGUCUUAAAUAGGUUUUGGUUUUUGUUUGGUUUUUUUUCUGAAGCAAAAAGGAAAAAAGCAGCUGAUUUGUGGCUUGAUUUUCUGGCUGAGAACUGUUUUAUUUUUAAAUAUGAUUUUCUGAUAAUCAUGUAUACCUGCAAACCUAAUUAACUGUUAAGAGUGCUCAGAGCUCUUAGUUUAAAUUUAAUAAAUUUAAUCAGCACAGGGCCCAAAAAGAAGUGGUUCAUGAGCCACAAGAAAUGGCACAAUGUCCCCUAAGUGUGGUAGAAAAUCCAUUGUGCUGAAUAUACUGAAUUUUUUGCAGCUUUUAGCCCCAAGUUCAUGACUUGUGAAUUGUUCAGUGGUGAAAACUCACUGUCUUCCACGUAGUUAAACUGGGGAAACUCAGGGAAACAAACUGGGAUUUGUAGGGAUGGUUAUCCCUGUCCUGUUUCCUAUUACAAGCCUUAAGGUUAAAAAAAAAAAAAAACCUCUUAAUGAGCAGAUUAGUCACGGUGAAUGUUGGUAAUGCUUUGUUAAAUCCUGAGGCUGCUCCCUAAGCAGAGAUGUCAAAACUCUGCCUAAAAAUCCAUGGAAGUGUGUGCUGGAAUCCCUGGGGAUUUUAUUAAUUUUAUUAAUGCAUUGUGCUGUUCCUG